CUAAUCCUUAUUGUGGCUAGCUUCACAGAUGGGUCCGACCACCAUUAAUCAAAUAAGAAAUGUCUUGUAAAUGAGGGUUAUUUUAGAUGACACCUAGCUAUAUAGUUGCUAACUAAAGCUACUGUAACAAUGUAGUUUUGCUGUGUUUUUGGGAAAGAACAUUGUUUGCAUCAAAUCCAUCAGCUCGCUAGCUUUUUUUUUUACGACCAGUACUGUUCAGAGUUUGAGGAAGGGAAGGUGCGCGAGACAACUUCACCAGCAUCAUAGCAUACGUAUCGAUGAAUCGUUGCGACAUUAAAUACGAGUGAUAAUUUACGUAGUUACACUAAUGAACGUGUAAAUUAUGUGACGUGCAGUCAGUCAAGAUCCUGAUUGCGUGUCAAAUAACACUUGUUGACCAAAGACCCAAACAGCGUCCCAUAGAAGUCCUGUUUGAAGAUGAAACGACUACGAAACAGCACAGCAACCCGGAUGAUGCUUGGCCAAUUGUUCGUUGCCCUAAGGGAUUCCCAAUCACGGCCGGAUGUGAUACAGCCUGGAUUUGAACAAGGGACUGUAGUGACGCCUCUUGCACUGAGAUGUAGUGCCUCAGACCGCUGCGUCUGUGUUUGAACUAUACUAGAACACUUAACGGGCCAAUUUUAAAUCUGUAUCGUUUUUUUGUCAAGGAAAAUAUCUUACAAAAAUGUAAUAUCAGUGCAUCACUACAUGGGACAGGAGUUAACAUAGUGAAUCACAUCCCUCGCCAAGGUUGGCCACCAAUACUUCUUGGAGAUGGAUUGAGUAGUACGAGUAAAACCUGGAUAUCCAGCGACAACGUCACUCCUUGCGGGUGGUUCUGGUUGCCUAGAAAAGACAGUUCCUGAUGAAAUUGUCAAUGCUCUGCCUUGACAUAUAGUUGGUUGGCCAGGAGACGUUCCAGGACUACUCGGAUGUGAGCCUCCAAGGUAGCCGAGCAGACCAGGAUGUCGUGGAUAUAGACAACCACCUGGCGUCCGAGCAUGUACCGGAACACCUCGUUGACGAAUGCCUGGAAGACUGACGGCGCAUUGGCUAAGCCAAAAGGAAUCACAGAGUACACGUAGUGACCAGACAUUGUGCUGAAAGCCAUCUUCCAUACAUCCCCCUCCCGGAUGCGGAUGAGAUUGUAUGCACUCCGCAGGUCCAAUUUGGUAAAGAACCAGGCCCCGCAGAGCUGUUCAAUAGCUACCGGCACCAACGGGAGAGUAAUGGUACUUGGUGAUCUCAUUCAGUACUCAAAUCAAGACACAGUUGUAAUCCUCCACCACACAGCAGCAGGAGAGGUGGACGUGUGGAUGAAACCUUGUUGGAUCGCUUCACGGAUGUAAUCCUCCAUGGCCUUAGCCACAGACAGGAUAGAUGCGUCUGUGCAGGGUCCGCAAGCAAGUCAAUGGCACAGUCACGAUGAGGGAGACAGGUGGUGUGGGUUUUGGGAAAAAACCUCCCACAGGUCCUGGUAUACCUCCAGGAUGUUGGGCUAAAAGGCAACCACAGGACUCAACCGACAUGGAACUGGAAAGCAGGUCCUCCAGCAUUCGGGUGCCCAGUCCGUGAUUGUCAUCCUCAUCCGUCGCUAAUGAAGGGAAUGUUCUCAUGAUGGACUCCACGGUGAGGGGUCCCGGAUCCUAGUAGAUGCGCCGAUCAUCAAGGUCUUGAACUGGAAAUAGAGGAGAACGGGUAUGAGGUGACAUUCAGAGAGGGACUGUAGUCAAUAAAGAUCCGUGGCACCGGAAUCCACUAGCACUAUUUUUAAAAUAGAUUUUUAUUUAACUAGGAAAGUCAGUUAAGAACAAAUAUUUAUUUUCAAUGACGACCUACACUGGGCCAAUUAUGUGCCACCCUAUGGGACUCCCAAUCACGGCCGGUUGAGAUACAGCCUGGAUUCAAGCCUCUGGCACUGAGAUGCAGUGCCUUAGACCGCUGCGCCACUCGGGAGCCCUCUAGAAACAUACAUGAGGGACAGCCAACUUGUGGGAUUGACACAAAAAAAGGGGGUUUGGUAGAAAGCGAUAAAUGGAAUACUCACAUCUGCCCCAGGAGGUGGAAGAGCACACGUUCGUCCCUCUGCUCUCGUGGAUCCCGAGUUGGGACGUACCGGACACUGCUGAAGCUCCCCUUAACAACAAUAGGGACAGAGCCCAAGCGGUUGCCGUCUGCAUCACUAAGCCGCGGGGGAGGCGUGUGACCACUACCUCCAAGGGCUCAGGCUCUGAUACAGAGUUGUCACUGAAGGAAGGACAGAAGCGAUGGCACCGAUGCUCCCGAAGUUAGUUAUCCAGACUGAUGGCUAUUGCAAGGAGUGCAUCCAAGGAGGUUGUCUUCCCGACAUGCAAGUUCCGUCUGGACCUCCUCAUGCAGUCCUCUUCUGAAAAGCAUACGGAGCGCCAGCUCAUUCCAUCUGCUGAAUGCUGCUACUGUCUGGAAGGUGAGCGUGUACUCAGCAGCGUUCUGGGCAUCCCACCAUAGUUGGAGUAGGCACUCACAGUGCCAGGAACCCCUCAUAAGAAGCCAGGACACCGGGGUUAACACCCCUAUUCUUACGAUAAGUGCCAUGGGAUCUUUAAUGACCUCAGAGAGUCAGGACACCCGUUUAACGUCCCAUCCGAAAGACGGCACCCUACACAGGGCAGUGUCCCCAAUCACUGCCCUGGGGCAUUGGGAUAUUAUUUUUAGACCAGAGGAAAGAGUGCCUCCUACUGGCCCUCCAACACCACUUCCAGCAGCAUCUGGUCUCCCAUCCAGGGACUGACCAGGACCAACCCUGCUUAGCUUCAGAAGCAAGCCAACAGUGGUAUGCAGGGUGGUAUGCUGCUGGCUAUAUAGGGGAGGUAAUCAGUGAAGUGCUAGAGUCCAGGUGUGUCUCAUGAUGAGGCGCAGGUGACCGUAACGAUGGUGCCAGGUGUGCGUACUGAUGGAUGUCAAAGCCAGUGAUUAGUAAACCUGCCCGGCGAGGGGGAGCGGGAGAAGACAUGACAAUGCUUUUUGGCCCUAAACAGAGAGUACACAGUGGCAUAAUACCUGACCACUGUGACUGAUCCAAAAUUAAGGAAAUCUUUGAUUAUGUGCAAGAGACACUUAUAUUCCUCAUUACACAGACCCACAAAGAAUUUGAAAACAAAUCUAAUUUUGAUAAACUCCCAUAUAUAUUGUGUGAAAUACCAGUGUGCAAUCACAGCAGCAAGAUUUGUGACCUGUUGCCACAAGAAAAGGACAACCAGUGAAGAACAAACCCCUUUGUAAAUACAACCUAUGUUUGUUUAUCUAUUUCAUUUGUUUAGGCAAUGUAAACAAAUGUUUCCCAUUCCAAUAAAGCCCUUCAAUUGAAAUUGAAUUGAAAGAGCACAGGGGUUCCAACUGACUCAAACAGUUGAAUUUGAGAUGAGGAAGACUGUUUCAGGCCAACCAGAGUUACUCCUAACAAUACAAUGCUUAUCUUUAUAGAACAUAUUAUGAUCGAAAAUUAACUAAUUAGCCUCUUUGAAUGUCUAUAACUGUAUACCAGACAUAGUGACCAUCUCACAUAAAGAAAUGCAUGUCGAUGUCUGCUUAUUUAUAUCUAGCUCUCUGGGGUUAGGCCUAAGCUUAUCUUCUUUCAAAUAGGCUAUACAUAUAUACAUAUAAUUUAUUAAAAUGUAAUAUUAUACAGUGGACACCGAAGCCCUGAUACAUGUAGUGCUCAAAUCCCUAACAGCUGAACCGUGAGGUGCAAAUUAUUGUUUUAAGAAAGUAGCAUAAAAACAAUACCCAAUAGGCUAUAGCGUUUUGCGUAUGCUGCACAUCGAAACACAAGGAAUAGUAUUUUGGUAAUUUGUUAUAGGCUGUUUUUAACGACACUUAAAUGUGGCUCAUUUGGCCAAAAUCUUCCCUGUCACGUCCGGCGCUAAAAUUUCCUAAACGAAACUCUGAAAUAUUGUUUUUAAGAAGAUUUUACAAUAUUCGCAUGAAAAUCUGUCGCCAAUUGGAUGGAAACCUAGCUAGUGCGCUAAUCCAGUGUCACUUUGACCAUGUAUGCACAUCAUGGUUCACCAGCAGCCCCAAACAUCUAAAGAAUAACCUACCAGCCAAACAAGCUUGUAAGAAUUGUAUGUUAACUCUUUUGAUACUCAUCUGGAGGUUGAGCAUUUUUUUUUAUCUAUAUCUGUAAUUUGUCUGUAUCUAUGUAAUUGUAUAUGUAUUUAUGUUAAAAAUAGGGACCACAAUGGAAAUAAAUCCCGACUAUAUUGUGCAAUACCGGUCACUUUUACAAAUCUUGGUGUAUAUGUAUUUUUUUAAACUUUCAAAUCAAUUCAAACUGUGCAGCAGCUAAAAUGUUAUGCUAGAUCAGCGUCCAGUGUUUUAGUAGAAAACGUGUUCUCUUUGAGAUUAAAGCUUUUUAUAAAUCAUUAUAGCACAUAUGACAACCAUAAGGACCAUUAUUGUAUAUUGUAUACACCGUUUGGAUGAGCACCAGUAUCCUAUGGCCCAGACACAGUUUGGAAAACGCUACGUUGUAUAAUCAUGAACUUAAUAUGUAUUCAUGUUUUCUGUAAAACAUAUAGAAAUGGCGAUACAUGUAGAUUAUAAAUACAUUGCUUACUUUAAAGCAAAAUUGACCCUUUGUAAGCUAGCUAUUUCUUGCACUGCAAAAAAGCUAUCGGUUUUGUGGCACCCAGCUAUGUUCCUGUGUUCAACUAGUAAUGCCUGAUGAGCUGUGGCUGGUCUGGCCAGCUGGCUAAUGUUUUGGAGAACAUAGCUAAUAGCUAGCCUAGCUACACUGCUAGCUUGUUAACCACAGUUGGUCAACACAAUAUAAAAACAUCGGAGAAAAUAGACCAUAAUUAUACGAGAUAGUUUCAGGUGCUAUUAAAAGUCGAAUAUAUGUAACUUGCUAAGUCGACAAGAACAUCCAACCGUAGCAGUGGGAAAAGACCCUUUGGUGACUGAGCCCAACAAACACCAGUGUGAAGGAGAGGAAUGAAGGUCUGAUCUUUGAGAUGACUGUCUACCCAAAUAAUUCGGUGCGGAUCUUAUCUGCCCGGGAGCGUGGGGCCCGUGGUCUUGGCUCCCAGCGCCUCCUGCAGCAGCUUGUUGAGGAGAAGACCCGGCGGAUGAAAUGGCAGAGUCAGAAAGUGGAGUUGCCGGACAGCCCUCGUUCUACCUUCUUGUUGGCUUUUAGCCCGGACAGGACCUUAAUUGCCUCCACUCAUGUCAACCACAACAUUUAUAUCACCGAGAUUAAGACAGGGAAGUGUGUUCACUCUCUGGUGGGCCAUCGCCGCACUCCUUGGUGUCUGACCUUUCACCCUACCAUCCCUGGUUUGGUGGCUUCGGGAUGUCUGGAUGGAGAGGUUCGCAUCUGGGACCUGCAUGGUGGCAGUGAGAGCUGGUUCACUGAGAGCAAUGUGGCCAUUGCCUCCUUGGCCUUUCACCCUACUGCCCAGCUCCUUCUCAUAGCAACAAACAAUGAGGUUCACUUCUGGGACUGGAGUAGGAGGGAGCCAUUUGCCCUGGUCAAGACUGCCAGCGAGACAGAGAGAGUCAGACUGGUGAGGUUUGACCCACUGGGUCAUUACCUGUUGACUGCUAUAGUGAAUCCCUCUAACCAACAGCAGAGUGAUGAUGACUCUGAGGUCCCCAUGGAUAGCGUGGAGAUGCCCCACUUUCGCCAUCGAUCCUUCCUACAGUCCCAACCGGUCCGCCGUACCCCCAUUCUCCACAACUUCCUGCACAUCCUGUCAUCGAGGAACUCCGGCUCACAGUCUGAGGAACAGCAUCCUCCUGCACCCGCUGCCAAUAGUGCUGCUGACUCUCCUAGUCUUCCCUCUGGACGUUAUUCUGCCCUGCAGAAUCGCUCCCGACCCCCCUACCAGGGUUGUGUGCAACACCUUGGUAUGGUUUGCUUCUGCAGUCGGUGCUCUGCCACCCGAGCCCCUUCACCAUCUGGGGAGGACCCCUCUGACCCUGAGAGCCUGGAGGCCCAGUCUCAUGCCUCCACCUUCUCCUCUGCUCGCACUGAGCCCCGACAGCCCUCUGAGCCUCGCUCCUCACACCGUCCCUCUGCCUUCAGCAGUGUGUACGGCAGUGCUAGAGGACACUCUUUACGCACUCCGUCUUCAGGCCUUGGCCAGCGCAGCAUCCCAGGCCUUAUAACCAACCAGAGCCACCAGCAGCCAGGCCGGGAGUGCUCUGGGCGACUGGCGGGGGCAGACUGGAUGGGCAGUAUGCUCAACAUGCGACCUGAGCGUAGUGGGGGUCUUGGGGUAUCUCCACCCAGGACUAAUACAUCCUCUGUCAACCUGCUGUCUGUGCUGAGGCAGCAAGAGGGCUCCUUUCAGUCGCCUGUCUACACCUCUGCCACAGAGGGAGGAAGCUUUCCCCCAGCAGUAGUGAGCCCUCACACCAGUGGAAACAGCUCUGUAGAUGGACCCAGCACUAGUAGUGGACACCACUCUCUUGGGGAGGGAGGGAGCAACAGCCCCACUUCUAUCCGUAACGUGCUGCAGUGCAACUUGAAUCGCUACUUCAUGGAGUAUGAUCGCAUGCAGGAAAUGGAGCAGUCAGGUGGUGCUGGUGGAGAGAGCAGCCAAGAGCAACAGACACGGGAGAUGCUCAAUAAUAACAUAGACUGUGAGCGGCCUGUCACCCCCCAUUAUCAGCCCCCCAACAGCAGUGAUGGUGGUUCUGGUCCCUCCCGCGGCCAUAUGAACCGCUGCAGGGUCUGCCACAACCUGUUCACGUUUAACCAAGGUACGCAGCGCUGGGAGCGCACCGGUCAGACCCCAUCACAAGAGGGGAGCACCUCAUGGCAGCCCCCAAGCCCCAACCCUGCCUUUCACACAAUGAGGCAGACGAUGCUACAUGUUCCACAGUCCUCUGACACGAGACAGUUAGCACAGCCACAGGCCAGUGCUGAUGAACCUGGAGGGGACACAGCCUUCCCUCACCGGGGAACCCCUAGCUCACAGAGAGAACAGGCGGUGGGGUUGGUGUAUAACCAGGAGACAGGCCAGUGGGAGAGAGUUUACCGACCGUCUGCUAGUCCAAGUCCAGCGGUGAAUGUACCACAAGAGGCCUUAAACCAAGAAAUGCCUGACGAAAACCACGAUGACGAUUACCUGAGAAGGAGGCUUUUGGAGUCAUCUCUUAUGUCGCAGUCUCGAUAUGACAUAUCUGGCUCCCGGGACCAUCCUAUUUAUCCAGAUCCUGCCAGGUUGUCCCCUGCUGCAUAUUACGCCCAGCGGAUGAUUCAGUACUUAUCUCGGCGGGACAGCAUUCGCCAACGAUCACUGCGCUACCAGAGCCGACUGCGGCCUCUCUCAUCCACCUUGGAUAGCCCAGGAAGCUCCCCCUCCGUUGAGAACAACGAGGUGGACUUUGAGGAGUUUGAGGAUAACGGUGAUCGCGCCAGACACAGAGCUCCACGCAACGCUCGUAUGUCUGCCCCCUCGCUUGGCAGAUUUGUUCCCCGGAGGUUCCUACUGCCUGAGUAUCUGCCAUAUGCUGGGAUCUUCCACCAUGAGAGGGGCCAGCCUGGCCUGGCCACCCAUUCCUCCGUCAACAGGGUCCUAGCAGGUGCGGUUAUUGGUGACGGUCAGUCAGCUGUGGCCAGUAACAUCGCCAACACCACCUACCGCCUCCAGUGGUGGGACUUCACCAAGUUUGACCUACCUGAAAUCAGCAACUCCUCUGUCAACGUGCUGGUGCAGAACUGCAAGAUCUACAAUGACGCCAGCUGUGACAUCUCUGCAGACGGGCAGCUCCUGGCCGUGUUCAUACCCAGCAGCCAGCGGGGCUUCCCAGAUGAGGGCAUCCUGGCUAUCUACUCUCUGGCGCCUCACAACCUGGGAGAGAUGCUCUACUCCAAGAGAUUCGGUCCUAAUGCCAUCUCUGUCAGCCUGUCCCCGAUGGGCCACUACGUGAUGGUGGGCUUGGCCUCCCGCAGGAUCCUGCUCCAUCACACUACAGACCACAUGGUAGCGCAAGUGUUACGCCUGCAACAGCCCCAUGGUGGAGAGACUUCCAUGAGGAGAAUGUUUGAUGUGGUGUACCCCAUGGCUUCUGAUCAGCGGAGACACGUCAGCAUCAACUCGGCCCGCUGGCUCCCAGAACCUGGCCUGGGGCUUGCAUACGGUACCAACAAGGGAGACCUAGUCAUCUGCAGACCUGUAGAUGCCCAGUCAGACGGAGACGGCCCCGCUGAGCACAGUGAGCCCAUAUUUGCUGUCAACAACAAUCGAGGCAGUGGUACCGGUGGGAGCCGCGAUGGAGAGCGACCAGGGAGCAGCAGGGCCCCCUUGAGGUCUGAAAGGGACAUGGGACUUAUGAACGCCAUCGGUCUCCAGCCCCGUCACCCUACCCCCGUUGUGACCUCACAAGGCACACAGACACCCGUCCUACAGCUUCAGAAUGCCGAAACACAGACUGACCGAGAGCCACAGGUUCCCAGCACCUCCCGGGCCUCCCAAGCAACAGACAUCGUUGGACACAUAAGGGACCUUCAUCCAGGCAGCAGCACAGAAAUGGUGCCUGAGACGCCCCCGCACACACUGCAGGAGGAUGGCGAGUCAGCCGAGGCCUUCACAGAGGCCAGCACCACCUUGGCUAACCCAGGGGAAUCUCAAGAUCAGGGCAGUGGGGAGGACGCCGUGUCUCGGCUCCGCAGGCUGAUCGCCGAGGGUGGUAUGACGGCCGUGGUCCAGAGGGAGCAGAGCACCACCAUGGCCUCCAUGGGUAGCUUCGGUAACAACAUCAUCGUUAGCCACCGCAUCCACCGCGGCUCCCAGACUGGGACAGAGGCUCAGAAUGGGGGCAGAGACACUCAGGGCAGGGGUCAGGGUCUUGGUGGAGGUGGUUGGACGUCCGUCUCUUCGUCCCACCGCGGCACUCUGUCGUUCACAGAGCCCACCUCCCGUAUUCUGACCCACCACAGCAUGCAGCUGGGCGAGAGCUCAGGCUUCCUGUUAGAGCCCUCUGGGACUCAAAGCCGAACAGUAGCACCUCUCCCCUCCCAGUACAUCACAGUCUCUUCUCAUCUCAGCCCUCAGGGGCCCAUUGGGGUGGAGGAGGGGGCCGAUGAGGCCCCUAUGGACACAGACGAUGCGUUUGAGGGUGUGGGACUUGUCGAUGAUCUAGAUCUACACUUGCCCUCUGCGUCCUCCUCCUCUUCUUCAACCCUGUCCCCUGUUGUCUCCCCUCUUGACAACAACUUCAGCGCCAGUUACCAUGGAGACCCCUACAGUCGAUAGAAGGUAAUGUGCUUUCCAUACCCAUCUGAUCUCUACCUAGAAGACUCUCCUCCGUCUAGCCUUAUUACAUUGACUACUGGUUUUUCUGGAGGCUUUCGAAUCCCGACAAUGAAAUUAGGCACUUAAAACUUCAUCCCACUCCUCCAUUGCCUGUUCAGUUUUCUAUCCAAUAGUAGGCUGGAUGAGACUUAUCUUCAACCUAGGAUUAGGCUCGGUCUCUUUCUUGGAUGUGGUGUUCCUUUGCGUGCCCUGACCACUUUCAGACUUUUGUCAUUGCCUAAUUAAGAGCAAAAAUCCAAAGCUACAGUUUGACCAUUCCAUUGGAAAGAGGUGGACCUGAAUGACUCUUUUACAAUCCGGGGUUCAGAUCGGUGGUUUUCGAAUGCCACCUGGGACCAAAUUCCAUGAUCAAAUUGCAACGUUCUUCAAAACGUGUUAAGACUCUGCCCCUUGCUCACGAUUAGCAAGAUGCUGGUAUAGUAGAAGCACAUUUUAUUAACCAAUCACAUUGGUACAAUUUGAUUGUGAAACUGGAUGAUUCUGUCUAUAAGUUAUAUUUAUUGUGUGUGAGAGAGGAUGUUCUAUGUCACCCUUGGUCGGUACAAAACGUUUCAUUCUAGUCGUCAUGGUGGAUUAGUGGUUUGCAAAGAUGUAGUUGACCCAAGAUAACUAUGAAUCCCUUGUACUACAUAGGAGAGCAGAAUUACAUUACAGAGUUGAAUUUAGGGAGACCAAUUCCACAAUAUGCUACUCCAAAUAUGAGCGAUGUUCCUUAUUAUCGCGGUGCGUUGUAAAUAACAAAAUAAUUCCAGACUUAUUUUUUUGCUUAUUUAAGAUAUCAUAAUCACCUUCUCAUUUAGACUUAUUUUGAACACAUUGAUACUGCCUAACUGAUAAACUGGUGGUAACACUGGGGGGUACGCACAAUGCCGUCGGGGGAACGCCUAAUAAUUUCUUUAUUUCAAAAUGUUCUCACAUUUUCAAACAGUACAUUUAUAUUUUCCAACAGAGCUAUACAUUUGGGUGAGUUUUUUUUUCUCACUUGAGUAGCCUCGUUUCACUGAGUAGCCUCCUUUCACGUAUUCACAAAAAUACAAUUAAACCAUCUAGUGUUCAGCGAAAUAACAACACAAUGUCAAAUACAGGUAGCCUAGUCAAAUAAUUAACAUCCAAUCACGUUAACCGUUACUCUCUCGCGGGAAACCUUCACUCUUGCGCAGACAUUUAGAAACGAAACAUGACCAUUUGAAGAAUAAGCCACGGGAGUUUUUUGAGCGAGAAUAAACGACGACGUUCAAGUAGUAAGACAUGUAUAAAAGCAACAGGUACAUUAAUAAGAAGGGUCUAGAAGCGUCUUAUAUUGUGAGCUACCGAGUGGCUAGGACAGGCAAGCCCCAUACUAUUGUGGAGGACUUAAUUCUUCCUGCUGCCGCGGAUAUGGCUGGUGCAAUGCUGGGGGAAAAGGCUAAAAAAAAACUCUACAGACAAUGACUUCAUCAAACAACACUGUUUCACAACGUAUCAGUGACAUGGCAUUGUUUUGAAGCAAUUACUGCUUCGCAUACAAGCCAGUGAAUUAUAUGCGUUACAGGUGGAUGAGUCAACAGACGUGGCGGGCCUGGCACAGCUCCUGGUAUAUGUCCGUUACGUUUAUGGGGGGGUCAAUUAAGGAAGACAUCCUCUUCUGGAAACCAGGACAACAUGAGAGGAUAUGUUUUUAAAGUACUGGACAGCUUUGUGACAUCAAAUGAACUUUGGUGGUCAAGAUGUGUUGGUAUCUGUACUGAUGUAGCAAAAGCCAUGACAGGUAGACAUAGUGGAGUGGUAACUAGUGUGCAAGCAGUUGCUCCCGACGCCACUUGGGUACACUGCAGCAUCCAUCGGUAGGCUCUUGCUGCCAAGGGAAUGCCUGACCGUUUGAAAGACGUUUUGGACACUAGUGAAAAUGGUUAACUUUGUUAAAGCAAGACCCCUGAACUCUCGUGUAUUUUCUGCAUUAUGCAAUGAUAAGGGCAGCGACCAUGUCACGCUUUUACAACAUACAGAAGUGCGCUGGUUAUCAAGGGGCAAAGUAUUGACAAGUUUUUUUUAAAUUCAGAGACGAGCUUACAUUUUUCUUUACUGACCAUAAUUUCCACUUGUCUGAAAUUUUGCAUGAUGACGAGAUUCUCACACGACUGGCCUAUCUGGGUGAUGUUUUUUCUCACCUGAAUGAUCUGAAUCUAGGAUUACAGGGACUCUCAACUAUAUUGAAUGUGCAGGACAAACUGGAGGCUAUGAUUAAGAAGUUUGAGCUCUUUUCUGUCUGCAUUAACAAGGACAAUACACAAGUCUUUCCAUCAUUGUAUGAUUUUUUGUGUGCAAAUGAACUCAAGCUUACGGACAAUGUCAAAUGUGAUAUAGCGAAGCACCUGAGUGAGCUGGGUGCGCAAUUACGCAGGUACUUUCCCGAAACGGACGACACAAACAACUGGAUUCGUUAUCCCUUUCAUGCCCUGCCUUCAGUCCACUUACCGAUAUCUGAACAAGAGAGCCUCAUCGAAAUUGCAACAAGUGCUUCUGUGAAAAUGUUAUUUAAUCAGAAGUCACUGCCAGAUUUCUGGAUAGAGCUGUACUCAAGAGUUUCUUGCCUUUACAAAUUGCGCUGUUAAGACACUGGUGCCCUUUGCAACCACGUACCUAUGUGAGAAUGGAUUCUCGGCCCUCACUAGCAUGAAUACUAAAUACAGGCACAAACUGUGUGUGGAAAAUUAUUUAGGAUUGAGACUCUCCAAUACAAUCCAGCAUUGCAGAGUUAUGUGCAGCCUUUCAAGCACACCCUUCUCAUUAACCUGUGGUUUUAACAAUUUUUGAUGAACAAAUAAGGUUUUAUAUGUAAGAUUGCUAAAUAAAGAGCAAAAUUAUUGAUUAUUA